GGCGGCCGUCGUCUGACAGAUAAGCUGUCGAUGCACAAAAUGCUUCAAGUUUCCGAAAUGACUUAUCGCUUUGUUGAUAAAUAUUGCGUUGAUGAACAAUGGCACAAUUCUUACGAGUGUGCAAACUGGAAAUCUAUUGCGUGGCCAGAAGUUAUGGAAUUCGGAGGUACCAGCAGAAUCAUUAUGAAAUCUUAAACGUUUCAUCUGAUGCGUCGCAGAAAGAGAUUAGACAAGCUUUUAUCAAAUUGUCAAAACAAUUGCAUCCUGAUACUAGUGGUAAACAAGAUCAUGCUGAUUUUAUAAGGUUGAACGAAGCAUACACAAUUUUAAGCAAAGAAAAUACAAAGCGCCAAUAUGAUUUUGAUUUGAAGUAUAAUAAAUACAACCCAUCUUAUGUACAUAACUCACGGAACACGCAAUAUAGCAGUCAAUGGGAAUAUGAAGUACGUACAGCAGGAGGAGUGUGGCCACCACCUCCACAAAAACCGAAUGAAUACUUUGGCCUCCUAGUAGCUCUUAUGUGUGUUGGAUUAGGGUUACUACAAUUUAUUUACAUUUAUUAUACGAAAGUAAAAAAGAUAGCAGCUUUGCGAAAUACUUUAAUAGAGAACGAAUACAAACAAAUUCGAGAAUCGGCACGUAAUAAAGCCAAUGAGUUUUCUAUAAAUGAUCUUAAUUCCGAAGAGGAUCUUAAAAAGUACCUGACCAGAAGACAGUAGUGAAUGUUAGCAAAAAUUUUAUUAGAAAUUAGAAAAGUGGCAGUUAUU